AUGGGUGGAUUAUGUCAAAAACAAAAAAAAACUGUAUCACCAAAUCCGAUCAUGAAUGACAAUAACACGACCAUGACAUCAUCGAAUGCUAUUCAACCAAGGCGACACAUAGUUCAAAAUUAUUCACUCGUCUGGUUAGAUGAGUGUAUGGAAGAAACAAACGAAGAUUAUCAAGAUAUUUUGACACAAUUAAAAACCAUUACUGACAAUGUCAACGUCUUUAAGCGACGAGAUUUAUGCAUCGACUAUCUUACAGAUACUCAAGAAGACAUCAAGUCUUUUCUUGUUGUCAAGGAUACUGUGUGUCAACAAAUAAUGCCCCUCAUUCAUGAUAUUCCUCAGGUGUAUGGUAUUUAUAUCUUGAAUGAUACUAAAAUCCUACCUGAAGAAUUGACAAAAAAAUGGCAAAAAAUCAAGAGUGUUCAUACCAACAUCGAUGACUUAUGCCAAAAGAUACAAUUGGGUAUUAAACAAUACCAUCAAGACUCAAUUGCUGUGAGCUUUAUCUCGGUCGAUGACAUGAUGCCAGCUAAUAAUUUAAACCAGUUGGAACCCACAUUUAUGUACACUCAAAUAUUUAAGGAUAUUCUUCUUGAUAUGGAGCAUGGUAAACAGGCCAUCGCAGAAUUUGCUGCGUACUGCCGCAGAAAUAAUUCCGGAUCACCAAUCAAUAUCAAUCGUUUUGAAAGUGAAUACCAUACUCAAUCACCUAUUAGCUGGUAUACUUCUCCCACAUUUAUUUAUUCUAUGCUGAAUGAUGCUCUUCGUUUUAUGGAAGGCGGUACCAUUAUUAGUAUGGGUUUUUUUAUUCGUGAUCUUCACCAACAAAUCCUACAACUACACCAACAACAGGUCAAUACUUAUCAUGGCAAAUCAUUCAUAGUUUACCGCGGACAAGGUCUAUCCAAAGCAAAUUUUGAAAAACUUCAAAAAACAGAAGGUGGUUUAAUGUCUUUCAACAACUUUUUAUCCACUAGUACAGAACCAGACCUACCUCUCGGAUUUGCUUUAAGUGCGUUGGACAAUUUAGACACAGUAGGUAUUCUUUUCAAGAUGUUAAUUGAUCCUCAUGUUACAUCAGCACCAUUUGCCUCCAUCAAAGAGGAAAGUCCUUUCAAUAAAGAAGAGGAAAGUUAUUCCAAUAAAGAAGACGAAAUACUCUUCUCAAUGCACACCGUCUUUCGAGUGAUUGCAAUCAAAAAAAUGGGCAAUGAACUUUAUGAAGUUCAAUUACAAUCGACAUCGGAUGAUGAUGAACAACUACGAUUACUUACUAAUCGGAUACGAGAAGAAGCUAGUGGUGGUACUGGAUGGCAGAGAUUAGGUGGCUUAUUGCUUAAAAUUGGUCAGUUUAAUAAAGCUGAAGAGCUUUAUAAUGGAUUACUCGAACAGACGUCUGAUGAGGGUGAAAAGGGGGUUUAUUAUAAUCAGCUUGGAGGUGUUCAUUUGAAUCAAGGUGAUUAUGAAAAGGCUAUUUGCUAUUUCGAACAAGGACUUGAAAUCGGUCAAAAAACUCUUUCUUCAAAUCAUCCUGAUUUGGCUAGUUCAUACGGCAACAUCGGUAGUGUCUAUACAAAGAUGGGAAAGUACUCGAAAGCACUUUCAUUUCACGAAAAAGCACUUGAAAUUUGUCAAAAAAUUCUUCCUUCAAAUUAUCAUGUACUGACUACUUCAUACAACAAUAUCGCCGGUGUGUAUACAAAGAUGGGAGAGUACCCGAAAGCACUUUCAUUUUAUGAAAAAGACCUUGAAAUUUGCCAAAAAAUUCUUCCUUCAAAUCAUCCUGAUUUGGCUACUUCGUACAACAACAUCGCUGAUGUGUAUUAUAACAUGGGAGAGCACUCGAAAGCAUUUUUGUUUCACAAAAAAACACUUGAAAUUCAGCAAAAAAGUCUUCCUCCGAAUCAUCCUGAUUUGGCUGCUUCAUACAACAACAUUGCCGGUGUGUGUGACAAGAUGGGAGAAUCCUCGAAAGCACUUCCAUUUCACGAAAAAGCACUUGAAAUCUUUGAAAAAACUCUUCCUUCAAAUCAUCCUUCAUUGGCCACUUCAUACAACAACAUCGGUUUGAUGUAUAGCAACAUGGGAGAAUAUUCGAAAGCACUUUCAUCACACGAAAAAGCACUCGCAAUUCGAAAAAGAACUCUUUCUUCAAAUCAUCCCGAUUUGGUUAUUUCAUACAACAACAUCGGUAUUGCGUAUAGAAAUAUGGAAGAAUACUCGAAAGCACUUUCGUUUUAUGAAAAAGCACUUGAGAUUUGUCAAAAAGCUCUUCCUUCAAAUCAUCCUUCAUUGGCUACUUCAUACAACAACAUCGCUAGGGUGUAUUACAGUAUGAAAGACUAUUACAAAACACUUUCAUAUUAUGAACGUGCUCUUGACAUAUUACAACAUGCAUUACCUCCAACUCAUCCUCAUAUAAAAAGUGUGAUGAAUAGUAUUGAAGUUGUCAAAAAGAAAUUAUAA